AAUAAAUCCAAACAAAUUCUGACCAUACAAAUCCAAUUUACAAAGUAUCGCUUUCUUAUUGAUUGAUCUCUAUAGUUAUUAGCCAAAAGGCUUAAGAAAAAGCUCGCGUUCUUACUUCUUUGCUUGCCGCUGACUCGCCGAGAAGAUUGACAACUUACAAUCAAAUAGAAGCUUCGUUUAGAAUCAGACGACUGCACAGUGAGCCAUGAAGCCUAAACACAGCUCAAAGCCCCAGCCAGAGAGAAGUUGGGCUGAACUCUGUUGUUGUUUGGAUUAUUGCUCGUGCCUGCAGCUCUUUUGGCCUCGAGUUGUCCUGCGUAAGUGGUUCAACAUCACCGCUAAAGACUCUGAUUACAGUGCUGACACCGACGAAGAAGACGACUAUCUUGAUGCUGAUUCCAACACUGAAGAAAUUGGGCAAUCAAGGCUCAGAGUUAACAAAGAGGAGGAUGCCGAAGUUGACCCUAAUGGGACUUCAGAUCCUUUUCCAAGGUUAAGAAGACGAAAGUCAGAAACUUUCAGGGCACAAUAUAUAAAUACAAAGGAACUCAGAAUAUGCGUGGGUACAUGGAAUGUUGGAGGCAAUAUUCCAACAGAUGACCUUGAUAUUGAUGAUUGGGUAGAUAUCAAUGACCCUGCUGACAUCUAUGUGCUUGGUCUUCAGGAGAUUGUACCAUUAAAUGCUGGGAAUAUAUUUGGUGCUGAAGACAGCCGUCCUGUUCAAAAGUGGGAAAACGUUAUUCGUGACACAUUAAGUAGAAUAAGGCCUGCCUCUUCCAAGCUUAAAUCUUUCAGUGAUCCUCCUUCUCCAUCCAAGUUCAAGCCUGCUGAUGAUAUCCCAGACAUAGAAGAGGAAGUAUUGCUUGAAAGCGAUAGUGAUGUCGGUGAGGAAGUUUAUCCAUUGGAUGAAGAAACCAAAAGUUUUGAUGAAGUCAAGGAGGAACCGGACAUGGCAGCUUCAUACUCUAUGCUUGGUGCUAAAGUAGACAUGCCUGUAGGACAAGAUAUACAGAAGCAAUUUUCUUCUCCAAAAAAGUUAGACAGGUUAAAUUGUUUGCGAACAGAAGAUAGUGAAGGAAAUGUAGAAGCUCUGUCAGUGCAAAACAAGCACAGGUUAACUAAAAUGCUUAGUGGGUCAGAAAGGAUUGGCUUGUGCUGGCCAGAACCUCCACUAAAUUUGGUAAAUCAAAAUGUUUUAGAGAGACCAAAUUCCUUCAAAUCUAUAAAAUCUUUCAAAACAGCCAAAUCUUUGAGGGCAUAUAGUUCUUUCAAGUCGGUCAUGAAUGACAGGUCAUCAGGGAUAGCUUUGCUUGCUGAAAUUGACCUGGAAAGCCUCAUGAAGCGAAAAAGAAGGUCUUCAUAUGUAAGGAUAGUCAGUAAGCAGAUGGUUGGGAUUUUUAUCACAGUAUGGGUGCGUAGGAGCUUGCGUAGGCAUAUUCAAAAUGUGAGGGUGUCAACAGUUGGUGUUGGUGUAAUGGGCUACAUUGGUAACAAGGGGUCAAUAUCUGUCAGCAUGUCCAUAUAUCAGACACUAUUUUGUUUUAUAUGUGCUCAUCUAACAUCAGGUGAAAAAGAGGGAGAUGAACAGAAAAGAAAUGCAGAUGUAUAUGAAAUACUUCGAAGAACUCGCUUCUAUUCUCAAUCUGAAAUUGGACUUCCCAAAUGCAUCUACGAUCAUGAAAGAAUAAUUUGGCUGGGUGACCUGAAUUAUCGCAUCAAUUUGCCAUAUGAGAAAACAAGAGAACUUAUCUCCAAGAAGGAUUGGUCAAAGCUGAUGGAGAAAGACCAGCUUAUACGAGAACUGAGGAGAGGUCAUCCAUUUGAUGGAUGGUAUGAGGGGACUUUAAAUUUUCCACCAACAUAUAAAUACGAAUUAAGCUCAGGAAAGUACUACGGAGAGGAUCCAAAGGCUGGGAGGCGGACUCCUGCUUGGUGCGACCGCAUUCUUUCCUAUGGUAAGGGAAUGAGGCUACUGAAAUACAAAAGGGCUGAACUUAAAUUAUCUGAUCAUCGUCCUGUGACCGCCACAUAUAUGGCAGAGGUUGAAGAAUUUUCCCACAAGAAGCUACAACGUGCUCUGACAAUCACGGAUGCUGAAAUUGAAAAUGAGGAAGUCAUAGCCGACCUGGUGGGCAUUGAUGUUGGAUUGAGCAACUUGAGACUAGAUCUGGUAGAUUAACCAAUGGCAGAACUUGCAGGAGGCGUUGGAUUUGGAUGAGCUUAGCGAUGGAUUCAUUUGAUUUUUUUUCAUUUAUUCGGUUAAGAUAUAUGUAUAUUGCAGAUGUUGUGUGGAUGUAUAGUAGCUGUUGUGUUCCUUACAUUUAGAGUUGAUGUCUGUAAAUGAAUGUCUGUAAAGUUCACUGGGUAGCAUUUCCAGGCAGCCUUUGGUAAUUGCACUGAAGUUGAAACUAGUCUUGUUAAAACAGGACAGGUUGUUGCUUUUGUGAGAUGGUGUAAUUGCAAUAUGCUUUGGUUGAUGUU